CCCCCCACACCAGUCCUGAGAUCAGCCAUGGCCUUCGCAGCAGUGACUCCGCUCGCUCGUCCCGUCUCCGCAAUGCUCCGCUGCGUGCCGGCGAGGCGCCCCUCCUCCUUUUUCGGCGCCGUGGUGCCACUCUCUUCCUCCGUUCCAGCGACUUUCUCCCGCCAAGCAGGCGCUACCCCAGGCGCUACCCCCGCCGUUGCGUCCGUCGCGCGGUCAGCAUCCGCGCCCAAUGCGCCGGAGCCGAUUCAUCUCCUCGGCGCGUGCGGCCAGCGCAACCUGCGGGAUCGCGCGAUUCAGGCUAGCAGCACGCGCUCAGAGGGCAGUCGCGCUCUCAGCUCGCGCGCUGCUGCUGCGCGCGGGGAGGUCGUUGCUGGUGCAGCGGCCAUCCCCACGAUCGGCUUCCUGGGGCUGGGCAUCAUGGGCACGGCCAUGGCGCUGCGCCUGGUGCGGUCGGGGUACCGUGUGACCGUGUGGAACCGCAGCCCCAAGAAGACCCGCCCGCUCGUCGAGGCCGGGGCCAUUGCGGCGCCAACAGCGGCAGCAGUGACAGCGGCGUGCGACAUCACCUUCGCCAUGCUCUCUGACCCUGCUGCUGCUUUGGAAGUGGCAUGUGGGCCAGAAGGCGCAGCAGAGGGAUUGAAGGCGGGAAAAGGCUACGUGGACGCAUCAACGGUGGAUGUGGAGACAGCUGUCAAGGUGGCUCAGGCAGUGCGGGCCACAGGAGCUCAGUUCCUGGAGGCGCCAGUGUCGGGGUCGAAGAAGCCAGCGGAGGACGGCACGCUCAUCUUCCUCGCAGGGGGCGACUGGGACCUGUACGAGCGCGCUGGGCCCAUGCUGGACAUCAUGGGCAAGUCCACGUUCUUUCUGGGACCGGAGGGCAGUGGCGCGUCUAUGAAGCUGGUGGUCAACAUGGUCAUGGGCAGCAUGAUGGCAGCAUUCGCAGAGGGGCUAGCGCUGGGCGAGCGAGUCGGGCUGGACAAGAACACCAUCCUCCAGGUGAUAGAGCAGGGCGCCAUCGCCAGCCCCAUGUUCUCCAUGAAGGGCCCUCUCAUGGUCAACGGCACCUACUCACCUGCCUUCCCACUCAAGCACCAGCAGAAGGAUCUGCGUCUGGCUCUCGGGUUGGGGGACGAGCUGGCGCAGCCGCUGCCAGUGGCGGCAGCAGCGAACGAGGUGUUUAAGAAGGCGAGGCGGGAGGGGCAUGGGAGGGAUGACUUCAGCGCCGUGUUUGAGGCGGUGAGGCUGCAGCAGCAGGAGUGAUGAUAAGAGAAGCUCAGAGCAGAGGAGAGCAGUACUUCACAAGCCGAGGGGCAUGGGAGGUACGGUACGUACGACUUCAGUGCUCUGUUUGCGACUCUGUUUGAGGCCAAGGCUGUGAGAGGCUGCAGCAGCAGCAGGACUGGCCAGGAGGUGGCUGGCUACGGGUGCCUGUGAGGUGUGGACUGCUGCGCAGAGUCCUUUUCCGUUCGAUGAGAUGAAGGCUGAUGAGUCAAUUACCUUGUCCAUUUUUGGUACACGUUUGUUUUGGCGACGUAUAUAUCAUAUCAAAGCAUAUUGCAUUGUUGCAAUCCAUACCAAGCAGAAG